UUAUCCCAGCAGCAAGGUGGGCUGUGAGCUGUCGCUUUAGGAAUGCUUAACCUCUGCUCUGGCUGUGUGACUUCCGGAGGGGGGAACCCAGAGGCGUCCCGCAGCGGGCACAGACUUGAGCUGGGAUGAGUCUUCGCUACCUCUCAGAUGCAGCACAGGUUAGGAGCUCUAGCUCUGCCCACCGCCAGGAAGCACAGAGUGCUAUGGACUACGGACUCGGACUCAGAAUCCCGGCAGAAACUGGGAGGAAGUUGGUGGCGCUGCGCGGUUAGGAGGUGGCGCGCGGGCAGCCAGGCGAGCCCUUUCCAGCAGUGCGGGAGUGUGCAGCUGAGCGCUGCUCAGGGCCCCUGAGCACGGUGGCCAGCAGCGGCCCGGAGCAACAGGUAAGGCCGGAGUCAGGCGCAGGGACGGGGGUUUCCUCCGUUCUCUAGGCUGCAGCCAGCUAGCUCCGGGCUUUGUGACCACGCAGCAGUUGGAGGCGUCCGGGAGCGGACUUCUGUGCACCGUAAAGCCCAGCUGCGGGCUUGUGCCCCCAAACCUUUUCUACAAGGGGCUGGCACAAAGACAGAGCUGCCCGGUACGGAGCUGGAGCGCAGCUGCCAGACACGGACGGACUUGUCCUCCCAGCCCGAAAAGCUCUUGCUGGAAACUCUCGCGCUCGGAGCUCUUGUCUGGGAGACAGGCAACCCUGGCGCUUGCUUUCCCAGGCGGGCACCGCUCCUAGAGGACCCCGCAGCCUUGCACUGGAGGCGCCCGCGUGAGCGAUGGAGCUGGCUGCAUCGAACCUCAGCGCGGGGAACGGGAGCGGACCGAACCCCUUGGCCGCGGAGCCGUGGCUGCUUUUUGGCAUCGGCGUGGAUAACUUUAUCACGCUGGUGGUGUUUGCUUUGAUCUUCGUCUUGGGCGUACUGGGCAACAGCCUGGUGAUCACGGUGCUGGCGCGCAGUAAGCCGGGGCGGCCGCGCAGCACCACCAACCUGUUCAUCCUCAACCUGAGCGUGGCAGACCUGGCCUACCUGCUCUUCUGCAUCCCCUUCCAGGCCACCGUGUACGCGCUGCCCACCUGGGUGCUGGGCGCCUUCGUCUGCAAGUUCACCCACUACGUCUUCACGGUGUCCAUGCUGGUCAGCAUCUUCACUCUGGCCGCGAUGUCCGUGGACCGCUACGUGGCCAUCGUGCACUCGCGGCGCUCCUCCUCCCUGAGGGUGUCCCGCAAUGCGCUCCUGGGCGUGGGCUUCAUCUGGGCGCUUUCCAUCGUCAUGGCCUCGCCCGUGGCCCACCACCAGCGCCUCUUCCACAGGGAGAUCAGCAACCAGACCUUCUGCUGGGAGCACUGGCCCAACCCGACCCACAAGAAGGCCUACGUGGUGUGCACCUUCGUCUUCGGCUACCUGCUGCCGCUUCUGCUCAUCUGCUUUUGUUACGCCAAGGUUCUUAAUCAUUUACAUAAAAAAUUGAAGAACAUCUCCAAGAAGUCAGAAACAUCGAAGAAAAAGACAGCGCAGACGGUCCUGGUGGUGGUCGUGGUGUUCGGGAUAUCCUGGCUGCCCCACCACAUCGUCCAUCUGUGGGCUGAGUUUGGAGCCUUCCCACUGACCCCGGCUUCCUUCUUCUUCAGGAUCACUGCCCACUGCCUGGCCUACAGCAAUUCCUCGGUGAAUCCUAUCAUAUACGCCUUUCUCUCUGAAAAUUUCAGGAAGGCGUAUAAGCAAGUGUUCAAGUGCCACAUUCAAAAUGAAUCACCUCUCAACGAAAACAAAGAAAGCAAAAGUCGAAUAGACACCCCACCAUCAACCAACUGUACUCACGUGUGAGGUAGAUAUGCAGAGUCUACCUGUGGCAUGCCCACGUCCGUGGCUCAUAGGAGAAAAUUCAGUGUACUACUGAGCCACGUUGACACUUGCUAUCCCAAUAGUUUGCUCUUAUUUUAGUUACAUUCCACUUGUGGUCCUUUUAGGAAAUUCCUAGGUCCAGUGAAGAUUAUUGUUCAGUUUUGUUUUAUUUUACUCCUUAAUUAUAAAUAAGACAAAAAAGAGAAAAUGCUGUAUAAUUUUAUCUCUUGAGGAGUGAAAGCUUAAUGGAAUUUUAUUGAUAUGUUCUUAUAUAGAAUGAAGAACAACCACUUAAAUAUGGUAAGGAAUAUUUGCAGAGUACAGUUUUUUUCCCUGGUCCUGGGAAUCAAGCUCAUGACCUGGUGUUUGCCAGGCAGGCUAUAUCCCCAGGCCCAUGCAGCCCAGUGUACAUUUUGAAGCAGAUUUAUCUAGAAAAAAAAAAUGUGCUUUAAUUCCUCAAUGUUAGGAGAAGAGGCAAUAUAUUAUAAGCUGUGUUUUAAAAUACUAUCAUUAACACAGCGCCUCUCGCCAUUUAUGUGGAGACUCAUCUAAGUGGGAGACUUUCUGACAUCUGUGUACACGGGUUUCCACUCCCACUUGCAAAUAGUAUGCAGAGCUUUGGAAGCCAUGCAGAGUCUGUCUGGGACCUCUAGACUCACCCAGUUCAACCCAGGAGGUCGGCACGAGAUUGUGGCUGUGAGUCUGUCCAUUAAAAACUCUCCUGAAGAUGUACUUUUAGUGGUAACUUAAGUGAAGUCAGGGAAAGACUUAAGAACAACUUCUGUGACCAUAGAGGAUGAGUUUCUGAGAACAAAACUGGGUAUCUUAGGUGUGCAUCUAGCCCAGGUAUUAGCUAUGCCUUGUAUGGAACCAAAUAUAUGGAGAGUUUAAAAAAGCCAUCGGAGUGAUGUGUGCAGUCACUUCUAUGGAGCUGAAGAUGGACUGGAAUCUGGAAGUCAGGUGUGUCACAGUCAAGUCGUAUUAAUAAAGCCUGCUAAAGAUUGAUCUCUUAUGAAAGAAUACACUUAGGAUUAUGCUGUCUUGUACAAUGAGUUAAAUUUGUAGUAUAUGUUUCAAUGCAUGUUUUUCCUAAAUAUUUCCUCUGGUAAUGUUUUUUGGAUUAAAUGAUCACUACUUGAGUUGUAAUUGUAAUUUUCAUAUUUAUGUUUACAACGCAAAAAUGGUAUGGAAAUGUUAAAUUUACCCUAUAUUAGGAGAGUUAUUUUCAGACUGUAAAACUAAUAUAUUUUAGGAGGAGUCUAAAGCAAGAACUUUUUUUUUGUUUUUCCUUUUUUUUAUUGGUACCGGGCAUCAAACUCACAACUGCAUGCUUGCAAGGCAGGCGCUUAUGCUGCUGAGCUAAAUCUCCAGGCCCAGCAAGAACUUUUUAUAUAGAAAGAAUUUUGUCUCCUGUGUGCUACUAUCAGGUCAGGAAUCCAUAUAAAAUGGCAAAUUUUAGUUAAAAUAUUUAGUAUAAGCCUGUGACAUGUUAACUUUUCUGUCCAAUUUUAGUUAAAAUAUUUAGUAAACCUGUAGUAUGUUAGCUUCGUGGCUCUUCCAUUUCUUUUCACUAACACACCCACGUGAACAGUGUUCACAUUUGUAUGCAUAAGGCUCUCGGCAGAAUAGGAGAACAUUGUUAGAACAAUGAGAUAUCAUGAGUUUUCAUGUUUGUUCCUAGAGGAUGAGGCACUGGAUGGGUGUGUGAGAUCAUUUUAAAGAACAUCAUAAGUCCUUUGCAUGGAAAUAUUUGGCACUUUGUGGAAAUACAGGAGCAGAAAUAUUGUAUCCUGAGAUUUGUGGGACUUGAAGCCACCAUGCAGAAGCUGGAACAGUUACUUUGUGUAUGAAUUCAUGGUGUGCAAAAGUCUGCCUCCUGGCUGCUGUGGGUCUUGCAUGCACAAGCAGGAUGAUUUUAUUUCCCUGCUGUCUUCUGUUUCAUAGGCACAUAAAUGGAAGCAUUAAAAAUACAGUGGCUGAUGCUACCCUUUUCUAGUAGACAGGCUGAAAUCUGCUUUGGCACGUUUAUAGCAAUGUUUAUAGCCUUCUGUCUGGAUGCUGCUGGGCUGGCAGAGGCUAGAGGCACAGCACAGAAGUGACUAGUAGAACUAGCAAACUCCCAAGUUACAUAAGAUAUUCUUGCUGUGUGUUGCUGUGCCAAGUUGUUUAGAGUUAGGUUGCAUCUACUUCUGAAACCAGUUUUGAUAUUAACAGUAGCCUACCUUCUGCAGUGAUCUAAACCUAUAUGAAAUGUUCUGAAUGAGAUGUCCUAGAGAGCCUGUGCCAGACCUCUUACCCAGAGGAGUGCAUGUGAAGCAUUUGUCAGGUUUCUGCUUCCAAGGUGGAAUUUUCCCUAAUAUAUAGUUCACCGUGUCCAGUUUGAAAGCACUCUCUCUUGCAUGACUGAGUGAAGAGACCUCUUAGAGACAUGCCUUUUUUCCAGCCAUCAGGCUGAAGGAGAAAAGCUGUGUGUGCCUUUGAAACCAGGAUGCUCAGAACCAGGCUUUUUAGUGUGCAUCAAAGAAAAUUGGUGCUGUCUCUUCAGAUUUGGCUGCUUUGGUUCCCUAAGGAAGCUGUUAUUUUUUUCUAGGAUUUAUCUUUCUUACUGGGAUAUGGGCUCGGGAAUACUUAAAUAGCUGAUGCUCACUGUCCCCACGUGCAAGCAUCAAGUCCAGUUCUCCAUCAAUGCAUACAGUGACGUGACUGGAAACACUUCCCAGUCUGCUUCCCCAGGAGACAUCUCAAUGGACUCAUGCUAUGCUAUUUUGACCAUAUAUGUGACCUGGAAUGUCAGGCAAUUUUCUGGAUGUAUUUAGAAAACUUUGCUUUUAACUAACAUGUUUUGUUUUACACAUUCAAAGUAGCUGAAUCAUUUCCUGGGCCCUGGGGCCCCGAUCUCUUGUGCUUCUUUUUAUUAUAACUUACUUCUUUCCAGAAUUCCUCCCUCUAAUGAUUGCCAUAGUUAAAUUCUUCCCUUGGCCCAGAUACAGUGAAUUAGAGUGGAAAAGAGAGAUGCUGGGUCAGUUCUGUGAGUCAUGUACAGCCCUGGACUUCUUGUGACUCAGUUUUUAAUCCUGAUGUUGCAAAUUACUGACUUUUAACAGCUCUUUCAGUAUCUCUGAGACUAUGCCGUGAUAAUUCCACUGUAUUAACCAGAACCCAAGAUUGGGAUGCUUCUGUGUAGGAGAGGGCAGCUUAGCCUAAGUGUCUGCUUCCUUUCUAUAUGUGGCCUUGGAUACAAGUUCUAGAAUGCUUGUGCUGAAGCGACAUUACAUUGGGUAUAAUAAUGUACUGUACAGCUUCAUCACGCGCUUGUUUCAAAAGCUUUAUUUUAAAUACCUGUAUAUAAGUUACAUAAUCAAGUGAAUUGGGCUAAAGCACCCAUCUGGCUACUUCCUCGGGAAACUUAGUAUUUAAAAUGUAAAUUUUUAUCUAUAGUGAUUGCAAAUAUUUUCCAUUUUGAAUGCACAUUGUGGGUAGCUAUUUGUUAAAGAGAAUCACAUUCCUAUUGGCCAUUAAGAAUGUUGCUUGUUAAGUCUUUCUCAAAUACAUAUUAAUGGCAUGUUUAGUUAAUGACAUUUAUUUUACAGCUAUAUAAAAUAAGAGUACAUGCCUAACGUUCUGACAGUUACUUGUUGACUUGAAAAUAUUAUACAGUGGCAAUUUACCCAGUUUUAAUUUACAGCGUAUAUGAAUGUUUUCUCUUUCAGAAAUGGAAAAUUUGAACCUGGAGAGCAAUUUAAAGUGCUUCAGACUUUUUUUGCGAUCCUUGGGAUUGAGCCCAGGGUGUUCUAUCACUGAGCUGCAUCCCUAGCCUUUCUGGUGUUUAUUUUGAGACAGCAUCUUGCUCUGUUGCCUAGACUGGCCCCGUAUUAGUGACCUUCUUACUUCACCCCCAGAGUAACUGGGAUCACAGGGGUGUGUUACUGCAUCUGCUUGCUUCCAUCAUCUUUGGUUUCCCGUAAAACUGGCGUAUCUAAUGCUGUGUGUUGUAAAGCAUUGGUCAGGAUGUUUCUCUCAUUGUUUGAAGAGUAUCUCUUGUUCCAGAUUGGGGCUCCUCAGUUGGCAGGCUCAGGUGCCAUCUCAGGCUUCUCUGUGAGAUCUGUGAAGGCUCUGGGCACUUGAUUCCCUGCAGGACCCUGUGCAGCUCCCGAUCAUUCACGUGCUUCCAUCAGCACUGUCGCAUGACUCCCAGGUUCUGCUCUGUGUGCAGGGCCAUAACCGUGUGUGCCAAGAGCAGCAUGGUGAUGCCUGAGUGUUCUAACUAUAUGGUGGGUGCAACCUCAGCCAAAUUUUCUGUCUCUGUUUCAGCAUUGACUUCAUUUGACGUAGUAAGCCACUAUGUAAGGAACUCAUCAUGUAGCUCUAGGGUUUGAUGUCACCUUUGGAGUGAAAAGCCUCGCCUUUUUGCUGAGAACAAAUUUAUGGAUAUCUCAAGAUGCAAUUCCAAGGUUUUGGUUGUUAGAGAAUUCAGGGAGAAAAGGUAACUGAAGUGCAUUGAAACUGGUCUCCACUACUUAAUUUUUUGAACUUUGAGGGAGAGGCAACCAAUACAGUCAUCUCCAAAUUAAUGUGAGUUAGUGCUCUUUGAGUUUGCAAUGGAACACUGUCUUAUUGUGUUUCAUACACUGUAAGUUGAUUAUUAAAAUUGGACUACUAAUGUGCCAUCAUUCUAAAGCUCUUUUUGUGUACUUUAGUGGGCUUGUUUUGGGCAGUCAAGCUGCAAGUCACAUAAUGGGCAGUCCUGGGGGUGGGCUGAGGAAGGGUGGCCUACACCUGACAGGAGUGUCAGGCAGUAUUUUUUCAGAACAGCUGUGGGUAGGAGGCAGGUCCUACGGGGCACUUCUGUUUGACAUGGCCUUUGCACUGAUGUGCCCCACAAGGGAAGAGUUUUUCUAGUAACUGGACUCAGUGGCAAUCAGUGGACUUCUGAAGGAUGCCAGAGAUAGAAUUUAAGGCCUCAGGAUAGCAUGGGCUUAUGUCAAGUAUGAAAUGGAUCAGCAAAUUGUUCAGGAAAUCAGAGAACAUUGUUUUAUUUGGGCUUGAGGGUCUGCUUUUUGGGCCCUAGGUCUUGGGCAUUGACUACAGAUGGACCAUGGGAACUGGAUGGAUCGAAGCAGCCUCCAGGCUUCUGCUCUUUAUCCAACCAAUGAUUUCUGCUUCAGGGGCCUUUGGGGAUCUAAGGAAUAUCCACUAGAAAUGAGUUACAGAUCAAUUCAUUCACGUAAUGCAUCAUCCCUCAGUGGUGUUGAAUUUUUUUGGUUGCUUUUUCAUGAACUGUUUCUUAUACAUCAUUUUUUUACUGUUCUCCCCUGCUCCUUUCUUGCAAUGAGCUAUAUUUCUAUGCUUGGGGAUUCCAGUUUCUGUUGGUGUCAAGUUCACAAGAGGCUUGAUCCACAACCCCCCCCCCCGCCCUCAUUAUUUUGUCUGGAUUUAGGGGUUGGCCUGGCUGUCUUAUUAGUAUUUAAGAAACAGAAAAGUGUGAGAAAUACAAGCUUUAUGAGCAAGUUGCUUCUAAAUCAGGUCACAGGUAGCCAGUUUCUUCAGAGUCACAUGGCAGGAGAGUCAAUCCUGGCAUGAUUGUUGGGAGGGCUUUUGCUGGGAUGCUGGGCCCGGCGGAUGCCACAUCCCUGAGGACUUGUUUCCCACUGAAUGUUGUGCAAGUAUCAUUGCUUUGGAAGUGGCAGGAUGUAGUGGUACAGGUUUGCCAGCAAGUUGUGGAGUCCCCACUCCAGAAUCAGACUCUGGUCACAGCAAGCUGUCCUGGGACUGCUCCAUUAAGUAGUAACCAAACUUUUACCUUGCCGAGGAGACGUGGGCAGGUCUGAAAUGAGUUUCCAUCACCCUGAGCUGGAACUUUUUCUAACUCAAGUGAGGAUGAGUGUAGAUAGGCCUGGGGUGCACCUGACAACCAUGGGAGAACACUCAGGAUCAGAAUGCAGAGUGAGUGGCCUGCUGAUGUAUCUGGCAAUGUAGGUGCUGCUGGUUAAACAAAAUUGUCAUUUAGAAACAGCAAAAAGCCUCGAAGGGAGAAAUAGGAACACGGGUUGCUUUCUAGUGGAAACAUUCCCAUUUUGUUAAGAAGGAAUUAAAUUCAGGGCCACCCAGCUUUGACUAUUAGAAAGUGUUUUUGAUGCUGAAAGCUGGUGAUUUUAGUUUGCAGAGGAUAUUGCUGGCAUGUUGAUGCAGCUAAUGAGAUUGAGUUCAAUGUUCAGGCACAGAAUCAGGGAGAAAAAGAGUCCAACACCAUCUUUAGGCAUUCAUGCUUCAUUCCCCCGCAGCCUCCUGGGCUGCAGAGAGAAUUUUACCUUAGCAGGCCCAGAUUGGAACAAACAGGGGCAGCAUUUGUGAUGUUUUCCAGAGAGAGAGCUAAUGUGGAGGAAGAGCCAAGCUUGACAAUUCCCCUGAACUAAACUCAGCUUACAAUUCAAUCAUAUUCACAAACUAGAAAUGAAAUUUUCCAUAUUCUGAUUUUCUGGAGUGAUGUCUUAUUGUUCACAUAUCACAGAUGGGCUGAAAAGUUGACAAGAGGAUAGAAAUCCAAAGUUUCCGUGAAUUCUGCUGAACAGCUGUGAAUUUCUGUUUCUACCUGUCACAGCAAGGACGCAGGCAGGGUGGACGUGAGGUCUAAAUUCUGUUGGAACUUUGCUCUCAGGAUCGCUGUCUUUUGUAUUCUCCUCUGGGGAGAAAGAAUCUGGAAAUGAUAAAUAAAUCCUAAACCAACUGCCUUUGAAUGUGCUGGGGACUUUACAAUAGUCCCAUGCUCUGCCUUCUCCUUAGAAUAGAGCUCCUCAAACCUUACAGGACAUCAGAAUUACUAAAAGGGCUGGUUUUCACAGGUUUCUGGUGAACCCUCAGGCGUUGUGUUGCAGCAGCUUGGAGCGAGGGCCUCCAGUGUGCAUGGCUAGCUUACCCUUUGUUGAUGUUCCCUGCCAGUCCAGAGGCCACUUAUAGAGAAACAACAGCUGAAUAAUUGACUAUAAAGUGAAGGUGAAGGCAUGUGUGUGUGAGUGUGUGUGUGUGUGUGUGUGUGUGUGUGUGUGUGUGUUUCUUUUAAAGCACCUGCACUUCCAAAGUUGAAGACUAUUCAAUUUGACAAGAUGGACUUUUAAAAGUGUUAACUUCUAUGGUUUUAUGAGGGAAAAAAUUUACAUAGGGUUUCAAUCACUUAGAUUUUUAUUAUAUAUAUUGAUCAGAUUCAUGCUAUCUUUUGAAUUAUUACAUUACCUUAGCCACAAAAAUCUACGUUUUCAAGACCAUGAAAGGGUUUGCUAAUGUACCAAUCAGUCAUUUCAGAAUUAUCACAAUGUUUCCUCAAAAGAAUAAAACAGCUUGGAGGAAAAGGAGCCUAUGCAUCCCUUUUGUUCCCCCCCCCCCCAAACACAAAAUUUUAGAAUAGUGUUCAGAAUUUGUUCUGUGUGAAUUUGGGGCCUCAGUUUAGGAGGAUCAAUAUUUUAAGUCAAUGUUUAAAUUAAAUAUAUGCAUCCUUCUAUGUGGCUGUUAAUUUCUGUCUAUAUUAUUAUCUCCAAAAGAUACAGCUAACAUUUCAUAUUCUUAAUAAAGUAAGCAGUACAAGUAAAGAAUAAAGACCUGUGUAUACUGUAUUUUGAUUUUACUAGUGUGAUUGUUUAAAUGCUGCUGUAUAAGACAUUGCUGGACAUGGAUCUUUUGGUACCUGAUGCUGCUACAAUCAUUCCCUAAAGACCUGGUCAUGCACUUUCUCUCGUCUUGUGUAGCUCCAACAUGAAUAAACGUGAGCUUACAGAGCUGAAAGCUUAAAAUUAAGUUUGUUAUUCCAUUUAAUACCAAAGGUGGUCAUUCUGAAUCACCCUGCCUGCCUCUGUGUUCUGCUGCAUGAAAUCUGGCUGAACUUUGUGAUUUGAACCAAUUUUUCUUUAGUGGAAAAUAAAAAUUGUUCUUCAAAAUGUUCUAA